UGGCCCUCAACCUCCUCUCCUAAUCAAGCCACAUCAAUGAUUGAUCUUGUUGCUGACGUGGUCCGCAUACAAAGAAAAUCGGGCAAUGGACCAAUCACAGUCCACUGCAGUGAUGGAUUAGGUAGAACUGGUACGUUCUGUGCCAUGUUUACUGUCCUGGAGCGUCUAAAAGCCGAGCAAGUCAUCGACGUCUUCUCGACCGUCAAAACUCUUCGAAUCCAGAGACCAGGAUUUGUCAAUGAUAUAGAUCAAUAUGAGUUCAUUCAUAAAGCAGCUCUUGAGUUUGUCAAUACUUUCAAUAAUUAUGAUAAUUUUAAGUAUUAGAACAGCUCCUCUUUUUUCUCAUUUAUCCUCUCUCUCUCACCUCUUUAUUGUGAUACAGUCUAAUUAUUAUAAUUAUUUUAUGCUGGUGAUGGUACUAUUAUUAUUAUUAUUAUUAUUAUUAUUAUUAUUAUUAUUAUUAUAUGUUGUAGGUUAACUUUUUGCUGAAUAUUAAUAAUUAUAAUUUCUAGUUAUACAAAACUUAAUGGUGACAAUAAUAACUAUAAUUUUUGUAAAAAAAUUAUGUCAAUGUAUUUUUGAUUAUUCUUGUGUUGCAUUUUUCACUCAUUUUUCUUGUUCACUUUUUUUCAUUUAACUUCAAGUUUCGUCAAUCAUUUUAACACA